AUGUCCGCGAGCCCUGUCCGGCCAAGGAAAAGCGAUGGCUACAAGCCGAAGAUUAUCACGACCGUUGGAGCGAAGCCGGCAUGCCUCGUGAACGCAUCGGUGACCUAUGUCGGCAAUGACCAGAUCUACGCCUUCGGAGGGUUUGACCAGUACACCGAUGAAGUUUACAAUCAUGUGCUGCGCCUCAACCUUGUGACCAGACAGUGGAACCUCGUGGACAACUAUGGAGACAUCCCCGGCGUGCGGAUGGGCCACACUGCCAACCUCUGGCAAGGUGACAAGCUCCUAGUCUAUGGUGGAGAGAACGAGCACAGAGCGUACCUUUCAGACAUCGUCAUCUUCGACCUCAAGACAGCAACAUGGCUGCAGCCGGAGCUCAGUGGUCCGGCGCCUCGGGGAAGAGCUCGCCAUUCUGCCGUGAUACACGACGACAAGCUGUAUGUCAUCGGAGGAAUGACCGGCCACGACAACUACGUUCUUGACGACAUCUGCUACCUCGAUCUGAAGACCUGGACAUGGUCUCGCACGUGGAGAUUUGUGCCUCGUUACGAUCACACCAGCUGGAUAUGGGAUGGGAAGAUAUGGGUCUUUGGCGGGCUGGGCGAAGACAUGGAGAGGACGAGCGAGAUCUGGUGGCUCGACUUGCGAGGCAGCCCGGCAUUCGACUCUCCCGCAACGAUCGGCACAGGCACUCGCCAAGCGCUGCCCGCUCGAUAUGACCGGCGUCUCUUCAGCCAAACGACUCAGCCUGCCACCGGCUCCACUGGCUACGUCGCAAACACAAGCAGUGUCCAGAGCAAUCCCACGCAACUCAUGUCGCGCACUCCCCCUGUCGCUCCAGGCGCGAUAUCCACGCUCAAAUUCGUCUCCAGCCCGAAUCUUCCAACACAGGCGAUCGGUACCCACUUUCACGCUUUCUCUUCUGGAUGCUUGCUGGACUUUGUCACCCCCGCCAGCGUCAUCUCCUCUUUCGAAACGAGCCUGUCUGCUUUGGAUCUCGACACACUCCGGUGGCAGAAGCUUGCAGACGGAAAGGACCUCUUCAAUCCGAACUAUCGAUGGCAUUAUUGCGCGAUGAACGAGGAUGCAACCCACGCGUGGCUGCUUGGAUGUCCGACCGAGCAGCCAAACAACGGCGGAGCUGACCCCGGCGAGUACUUGAGCGAUGUUCUACCAAUUGACCUCAGGAAGCUAGGUAUGCUCGGUAACAGCCUAACGCUCGAAUCCCGGCCAGACCAAGUUAAGAUCCCCGCCUCCGACGCCAACAUCUCCUCGCACCUCUCAGGCAUCGGCGCCGACCUUGCGCGGACUUUCGACCAGGCCCCCGAAACCGGCAGCGGCGCCGACUUCAUCAUCACGGGCGAGCGCGACGAAGACGAUGACCGCCCCGAUGACUCUUCCACCAUCGCCGACGCCCAAUCUCCCACCACCUCAGCCCCCAUACACGUGCAUAAGAUGAUUCUGCAGGCGCGCUGGCCGCACUUCUCCCGCCUCUACUCGGCGCAGAUGGUCGAGUUCCACACGAAGAAAAUGCACAUCCCCGAGCCCUACAGCGCGGUGCGCUCGUUUCUGUACUACCUCUACACCGACAGCAUCGCGCCGCACCCUGUCCACGGGCCCUCGCUCACCGACGUCGCGGGCAUGCUCGUCAUGGCGAAUAUCUACGACAUGCCGCGUCUGCGCCUCCUCUGCGUCAACAGGCUCGGCAAGGAACUCGACGUCGACCACGCGGCCACGAUCUGGGAGCGUGCUGCGACGGCUGGCGAAGACUGGCUGAAGAAGCGGGCGGCGCAAUUCUGCAUGCUGUACUGGGGCCGCGUCGUGCGCACUGAUGGCUUCAGGAGCCUGACCAGGAGGGCGCUGACGGAGCUCUGCGAGGAGGUGGAUACGGAUGGGAGGGUUGUUGGUGGUGAUGAGCUUGAGGCUGUUGGUGGACUUGGCGGGGCGAGGUUCGGGUUUGGGGGCGCGGGGAAUCCGAGGAAGAGGAGUACGAGUCUGGUGGCGGAGGAUACGGAGAUUGCGGAUGAGGGGGAUGAGGAGGGUAUGGAACUUACUUGA